AUGGAGGGCGCGUUUACCCACCUGGGGAAUCACCUAGUUUCGGACUCGGCGGCCGCAAUCAAGGCUGGCAACUCCGACGAAUUGUCCAAUCUCGACCCGGAUGAGAGUUUGCUGUACGGCGUAUAUGGAGGGCGCGGCACCCGCACCGGCCUAGGCAACACCAGGCGUCGCCAAGACGAUGAGGACAACGAGACUGAAGUUUUCGACGAUGACGAUGAGAGUGUAACGAGCGUACCGGUCGACGGCGUGAAGGCCCUGAGUUUGAAUGCCCCAGAGGAGGGAAAGGAACUCCCUGCCCACGCUUGCGCCGCCCGCGGCAACUCUAGCUCCUCCCACAUCGUCAAUCACCUGGUCAGGGCUCGCCACAAGGAAGUUCAGCUUCACCCACAAUCCUCCCUAGGGGAUACAAUCCUCGAGUGCUACAACUGCGGAACCAAGAAUGUGUUCAUGCUCGGGUUUAUCCCCGCGAAAUCAGACACCGUUGUCGUCCUCCUCUGCCGUCAGCCGUGUGCCGCGAGCACCUCGACCAAGGAUAUGAGCUGGGAUAUCUCCAGGUGGCAACCUCUGAUUGAGGAUAGGUCGUUUCUCAACUGGCUCGUGCAACCGCCAACCGAUACCGAGCAGCUCCGAGCGAGGCAUCUGACACCUCCGAUGAUUGCCAAAUUGGAGGAGGUGUGGAAAGAGACGCCGGGAGCUACCGUUGCCGACCUAGAAAAAGGCACUGGAGUCGACGACGACCCGCAUCCAGUGCUGCUAAAAUAUGAAGACCCGUACCACUAUCAGAAUAUUUUCGGACCGCUUGUCAAGAUGGAGUCGGACUACGACAAGAAACUGAAGGAGGCGCAGUCAGAGGACAACCUUCAGGUUCGCUGGGACGUGGGACUCAACAACAAGAACGUGGCCAGCUUUAUUCUGCCCAAGAUCGAGUCGGGUGAUGUGAAGUUAGCCGUGGGUGACGAAAUGAGGCUCCGGUACAAGGGCGAUCUCCGCGCAACAUGGGAAGGUGUCGGUUAUGUGAUUAAGAUCCCCGACAACAGGUCGGACGAGGUCACGUUGGAGCUACGGAAGUCCGGCAACGACAAACUAAUUCCAACGGACGUCUCAACCAACUUCGCCGCGGACUACGUGUGGAAAGCCACCUCCUACGAUAGAAUGCAGCUGGCGAUGAAAACCUUUGCGGUCGAUGAAAUGAGUCUGUCGGGGUACAUUUUCCACAAGUUGCUGGGACAUGAGGUUGCGGUGGCCCCGAUGAAGACGCAGAUGCCGAAGAAAUUCCACGUCGCAGGUCUACCAGAACUGAACCACAGUCAAAUUACGGCCAUAAAGACGGUACUUUCGACCCCGCUCAGUCUAAUCCAAGGCCCUCCGGGAACCGGCAAGACAGUCACCUCGGCCACAAUUAUCUAUCACCUAGCCAAGAUCAACAACAGCCAGGUCCUUGUAUGCGCGCCAUCCAACGUCGCGGUCGAUCAAUUGUGCGAGCGGAUCCAUCGCACUGGCUUGAAGGUUGUCCGUUUGACCGCCAAGUCCCGCGAAGACGUCGAGUCGUCCGUAAGCUUUUUGGCACUGCACGAGCAGGUCCGGAUGAAUGACUCCAAUACGGAGCUCGCCAAGCUUACGCGCCUGAAACUGGAUCAAGGCGAACUCUCCUCUCAGGAUGAAAAGAAAUUCAAGCAGCUGACGCGCGCCGCCGAGCGUGAAAUCCUUAACAACGCGGACGUUGUGUGCUGUACCUGUGUGGGUGCCGGUGACCCAAGGCUCGCCAAGAUGAAGUUCCGGAACGUCCUGAUCGACGAGUCAACACAGUCGGCGGAGCCCGAGUGUAUGAUCCCCCUAGUUCUCGGUUGCAAGCAAGUGGUGUUGGUUGGCGACCACAAACAGCUCGGCCCCGUCAUCAUGAACAAGAAAGCGGCCAAGGCCGGCCUGAACCAGUCUCUGUUUGAAAGGCUGGUGAAGCUGAACCUGACACCGAUCCGAUUGAACGUGCAGUACCGCAUGCACCCUUGCCUAUCGCAGUUCCCGUCCAACAUGUUUUACGACGGGUCGCUACAAAAUGGCGUGACGGUUUCUGAGCGUCUCCGAACCGAUGUGGAUUUUCCGUGGCCGGUAGCCGACAUGCCUAUGAUGUUUUGGUCAAAUCUGGGCAAUGAAGAAAUUUCGGCGUCGGGUACCUCGUACCUCAACCGGACUGAGGCCGCCAAUGUUGAGAAAAUUGUGACCCGCUUCCUCAAGGCGGGCGUGAAAGCCCUCGAUAUCGGCGUUAUCACCCCAUAUGAAGGUCAACGCAGCUAUAUUGUCAGCACCAUGCAGAACACUGGCACUUUCAAGAAGGAGACAUAUAAGGAGGUCGAGGUCGCAUCCGUGGACGCAUUCCAGGGCCGCGAGAAGGACUUCAUCGUCCUGUCCUGCGUGCGGUCCAACGAUAAUCAGGGUAUAGGCUUUCUGUCCGACCCCCGCCGCCUCAAUGUUGCACUCACCCGCGCCAAGUACGGUCUGGUCAUCAUCGGGAACCCCAAGGUACUCUCUAAACAUGAGUUGUGGCACCAUCUCCUGGUCCAUUUCAAGGAUCGCAAGUGCCUAGUCGAGGGUCCUUUGACAAAUCUGCAAACCUCACUGCUACAGUUCAGCCGGCCCAAGACAGCCUUCCGCCCUCCACGAUAUCAACAGCAGCAGCAGCAGCAGCAGCAGCAGCAGCCACAGCAGGUCCCGCAUGCGGCCGGCGGCUACUCCAAUGGGCGGUUCGGCGGGGUGAAUGGCUCGACUCGGGAUUACAACGAUACUGGGUCAAUGCUCUCGUACAUUCCAGAUGAUGUAUCCUCUCUCCACAGCUCCGCCCUCGGCGGCGCCGGGUUGACCUCAUCCUAUCCACACAUGUUCUCAAACUUCCAUCCUGAACAGUGGCCUGGCUUGCCGGGAACGAGCGGGCCCGGUCGAUUGGGUGCCAAGGGUCGUGGGCGCGGCGCCGAGAGCAUCGCGGGCGAGAGCGUAGCCAACAGCGAAUUUACUGACGCCACCGCGAGCGUCAUUGGUGGCAAGGGGGUCGGCCAGGGCGGCGCAAGCCUAGGAGCGGGCUUGAGUGAGGCGAUUAACUCUGCCCGACCAACCUCGUUCAGUCACGAUGAGCGGCUCAAGCAGUUCGUGGAGACCGCUCGCAUGGGGACUGGAAAUGGCUAUGGACGGCGCUAUGAGGAUGAUGAGGGCAGUGUUAGCACCUUUGCGAGUCAAAUUGGGUCUGGGUUCGACUGA